CCCGCGCACGCCCGAUAGACAAAAGCCCUCGUCGCUCCUUCUUCCAGCUCUACAACGGAGGCCACGCUUGCGGGGAAAAAAAAAAUCAAUAUUUUCUAGCCGGAAUAAAAUCUAGCCCUGUCCAAGAAGUCGAGAAGGAGAGAAAAGACUCCUUCCUUUCUUUUACCCUCUAUUUUCUAUACCCUUGCGGAGUAUACCCGAUGGUCUGCACGAACAAGCGCACAGCCGCGGCGAAGAGUAAAAUAAAAGAGGAGGACAAUGAAGAGAAUGGCGGUGAUUACAUAUCUAUUAAGCCUCCGAAGAUCGAAGAAGAAGGGCCUUCGUCGGGGAGCGAGGCCUUGGCCGAGAAGGCCACGAAAUUAACGCCCGGCCCCUCCAAAGGCCCUGUGAGGCUCCCUCCGAAGGCCACACUCGCCGUCAACCGGCGAAGGCUGAGCGGACUUCUCAAGAAGCUCGCGAGGACCCACAACUGGAAGGAAGCGAGCGACGUCUUGAGCGUCCUCUUGAGGGGGACGCCUCGCGGGAGCUCCUUUGCGGAGGAUCGCAGGAAUUUCUUGGUUGCAAUGGAAAUUCAUAAGCGACUCGGGGAGACGAAUGGUUACCAGACAAAGAUCAAGAAGAUGUUUGAGAUUUGGAUGAGCAAGCUCGUAUGGAUGCAGAAGAAUCCAAAAAAGAGACACUCAGUUCAGCUGGAACUAGCUCUUUUCUACCUUUCACAAGGGAACAUCCAAGAGGCACACAAUGCUACAAAAUUUCUGAUUCAGGAUCAAGAUUCUGCUAGUGAGCCAACCAUAAACCUGCUCCAUGGGAUGAUAUCAUAUCAGCUCUGGUAUUCUGGUCUCCCUGAAGAGAUGCAAAUAAAUGAUUUUGGCAUCCAAAUGCCAUCAGGGACAUAUGAUAUGGCCAUUGAUGAUGGUUUUGAAGAAUCUGAAAUGUUAGAAAGUUCAAAUGAUCAUAAUGCCAUUGAUAUUGUGAAUGCCAAUUAUUCUUCACGAUGUGCUUCAGAAAGCUCUGUUGGCAAUGAGAAGAUUGUCUUUAUGGAAUGCAAAAAUGAGAUGCCAAAAGGACAAUCCAGUGAUGUCCGUCCUGCACAUGAAUUUUAUCUUAUUGGAUCAGAAGCAAAUGAAGGAAGACCAACUCCUCCAAAUCUUCGUAGCCAUUUCGAACAUAGUUCCAUUUUUUUUGCACAUGGUUUGGACACAAGCUUGCUGCCCAUACGACUGAUGCACAUGGAUGGGGACCUGGAGCAGUCCAUAUAUUCAUAUAGGAGGUUAGCAAAUGAUCAGUAUGAAGAUGCAGUAAAACAUUUGCGCCUUGCUCUUUAUUCAACACCGCCAUUAUUACCAUCCUUGCUGCCCCUUGUACAGCUUUUACUUCUUGGUGACCGUGUGGGAGAAGCACUUGAUGAGCUUGAGAAAUCCUGCAAUAUUUUUGAUGCAGCACUUCCUUUCAGGUUAAGAGCUAGACUUCUUGAGUCUUUUCACAGCAGCCCUGCCACCAUUAUCUCUAGUUGCUAUGAAGAAGCUCUUAAAAGGGAUCCAACGUGCAACCUCUCCUUAGAAAGACUAAUCAAAAUGCAUAAAAAUGGAAAUUACAGUACUAUUCUACUGUUGGAGAUGAUGACUUUGCAUCUGGAUGCUGCUGAUGGGAAGUCUAGCAUAUGGGGAGAGCUCGCUUCAUGUUUCCUAAAACUUUUAACUGCCACAAUAUCCGAUUAUGAAGAUCGCAUCUCAGCAAAUGUACGAAGGGAUCCAACCAGCAUCGUAUCUUCCGGAAAAAUUCCAACAGCUUUCACCAAGGGUCAGGCAAGAAAGACAUGGAGGGUUCGUUGUAGAUGGUGGUUGACACGGCAUUUCAGCAAGAAUGCCUAUCUUUCAGAAAUGCAAGCUGGUGAUUGGGAGCUGCUAACCUCGAAGGCUGCAUGUGCAUCCCAUCUGUAUGGGCCAGAAAAUGAUUAUGCAAAAGCUGUUCUUAGCAGUUUGCAGGAGGGAGGAGAUAAUGAUCGCAUCACAUUUCUGGACGCACACUUGCGAAACCCUAUGAAGUUGCAUGGGUUUCUGAACAAGGCAGCUUCACAAAGGGAUGGUUUUCAUGAGGUGGGCCUGGAAACAGGUUGAGAUGCCUUAGCUGACAUAUUUGGUGGUCAUCGUCCUGGUUCUCUAUUUUCCUUUCCAUGGCUUCAGUUUCCUUGUGAGUGCAGGUCUGGGUGGAGUUUGAUGCCUCAGCUGACAUUUUUGGUACUCCGGUUUCUUCUCUGUCAUCCUUCAUUUUCCUUUGUGCGCUGUGCUCCAACGUUCAUGAGAGAUUGUGGGGCUCGUAUCUUCUCAGCGCGGCUAUUGCUGUCUCUCUCAUCAGUUUUGGUAGGGGGUCAUUGUUCUGGUUCUUCCUUUUGUUUUUCCUCACCCUUCCAGGUAUCGGGCAUGUGCUGUUUGGGUGUUGGUUGACGAUAUGACCAAUAUAUGAAAUGAAAUAUAGAAAAAGCAAAAGUAUCAAAGCAAACUUCCAUGUAAGGCCAUGUUUGUGUUAUAGGGGUUAAUAUAUAUAGUGAAAACAAAUCAUCUUCUU